AUGCCCACGCAACAACCUCACGUUGCACCUCCGGCAAGCACAUCAGCUACCACAGACAAUGCCACGAGACUCGAGUCCCAGCCCACCUCCUCUGCCACCAGUGCCUCCGAACUCGCCAGUACAAAGAUAAGCCUGCGGGCCGCUCUUCGACAAUUUCCUGACUUUCCCAUCCCCGGCAUAGAUUUCGUUGAUAUACUUCCUCUCUUUGCGUCUCACUCUCUUCACACCUCACUCAUCCGCGCUCUCGAACUACAAGUCCUCCUCUUCAACAAUAGUGUCAAACCGGAUGUUAUCGUCGGCCUUGAUGCAAGAGGGUUCUUGUUUGGUCCCAGUCUGGCAUUAAGACUGGGUGCCAGCUUUGCACCAGUCCGCAAGCGAGGAAAGCUCCCCGGUCCCACCAAGGAGGCUGUGUUUGAGAAGGAGUAUGGUCAGGACUUCUUUCAAAUUCAAAGCGACGCUGUAGCAAAAGGGCAGAAGGUGCUGGUGGUUGAUGAUAUUAUUGCCACUGGUGGUUCCGCUGAAGCUGCCGGUAAUCUCGUCAAACAACUGGGCGGUGAUCUGAUCGGAUUCUUAUUCAUUCUCGAACUCGAUUUCUUAAAGGGACGGGACAAACUCGAUGCUCCUGUAGUCACACUUCUCAAGGACGAUAUGAUGGGCAAAUAA